ACCGUUACUUCAAAAAUUAAGCCAAAAAAAAAAAAGGAAAUAAAAGAAAGCUCAACACAUUCUGAUUCUGAUUCUUCUCUCUUGUGAUCUUAUCGAGAUCUCUCUCGUCUUUUCUAGAUUCCAUCACCAUUCUCUUUUCUUGGGCGAUAGCUUCUCGAGUCGCAGUCCCAAUGGACACUUGCGUGAAGAAGAAGGCGAUGAGCAGCGGAGGCGAACCGGAGGCGGCGCGGUGCGGCACGUGCGUGGUGGGGACGCCGGUCGAGCCGCGGGCGCAUCCCGCCAACCAGCACGCCGCCACGUGGGUCGCCGGCGAGGCUCGCCCCGCGGGCUCUCACUCCGGCUACUUGAAUGCCACCCCGAGCGGCUCGGCCUCCGGCUUCGUCAACCUCAACCAAAGCGGCGGCGAGAAUCCGUACGUCCACGUCGCUCCGGCGAAUGGCUCCGCGCCGUCUGGCAGGAGGCCGAUGAACAAGCUAUGCGACGCGUUGAACCGGUGUGGGAAGAGGUUCGAAGAUGCCACGCGAAAAGCAGAGUCGCUCGCGGAUAAUGUCUGGCAUCACCUUAGAACUAGCCCCAGCAUCACAGACGCAGCAAUGGCUCGACUUGCUCAGGGGACAAAAGUGCUCACUGAGGGGGGACAUGAAAAGGUAUUUCACCACACGUUUGAGAUACUGCCAGGAGAGAAGCUCCUGAAGGCAUAUGCUUGCUAUCUAUCCACUUCCACCGGGCCUGUCAUUGGGACACUGUAUUUGUCAAACAAGAGACUGGCCUUCUGUAGUGAUAACCCUCUUUGCCAGUACUCUCCCUCAGGGCAGCAACAGUGGAUGUAUUACAAGGUGGUUCUGUUGCUGGAUCAGUUGAGCACUGUUAGUCCUUCUUCAAACAGGUUGAAUCCUUCCGAAAAGUACAUCCAGGUCGUUACGCGGGAUGGUUAUGAAUUCUGGUUCAUGGGUUUUAUAUCGUACGAUAAGGCUCUGAGGAACAUAAAUGAGGCUUUACAGCACUAUCGUGACGAUAACAUGGGUGGAAGGAUCCAAGUACAAUAACUCGCCAGAUUGGGGAGGAGAUAUCCGACUGCUAUGGAUACCCAAUGUCUAAUGUUUUACUUUCCAAUGCAAAAUAACAUACGAUAAAGCUUUCAUCGUCCCAAAAAGGAUCCCUAAAGCUUUCUUGAAUCCUGCUCUUGUUAGACACGCCUGAAUGACUAUGGCCAGUCAUUUCCGGUACCCAUAAAUGCCGAUGGGCUGAGAAAUGUCGGGAGUGACCAAUGCAUGCAUUGGAAGCUUCUUGUUUUAGUGUUAUUUUGGCAUUGAUUUGUAGAUAGUCAUAUGUUGUAUCGCUGGCUGCUGUAUGCAAUCUCUCUUGCCUUGUAGAAAUGGGACUUCAACAGUAACAUUUCCUUUUAACACGGUUGCAGCAGGUAAUUAUAUUCUUUGAAGCAGCUAUCGGAGCUCGUUUCUUCCAUUUUCCCUUUGAUUAAUUGGGUUGUUCAGUUAUGGCAGCUGGCUUCUGACAGCACUAUAGCUGAUAAUGACAAUUAUAGUCUGAAUCACGUUUUGCAAGAAAUGCUUAACCCGACAUCAUCUAAUCGCUGAAGGGGAAGCAUUGUGUUGCAGCAAACUUCUAUUUAGUUGAGCGAUGACUACGGCCCGUGAGUCCAUGACUAGU